AUGAGACCAGUGUCGAGUCAAGUACCUUCCCAUUUUCCCCCGCAACCUACCCCCAUUGCUAUCACCCGCACGACUCAAGUGCGAACCGGAGGCACUCCCAAUAUUACGCCCAGCCGCAUCAUCAACGACACACCCAAUAUUACGCCCAGCCGCAUCAUCACCGACACAGGAGGCCAGUCGGGAGAAUCAGGAGGCCCUAUGCCUCCUCCUACCAUUGUACCCACCCCCACACGUGCACCCGUCAUCACCCCUAGUCGGAUAAUCGACAGUACAGGACCUCAUACCGGGCACGGUCGGACCCCCAGCGUCACUACGAGGCGACUCGCCAACAAUCCGCCCCCCCCAAAUCCAAUCAUCCACCAUGGGCCCCCCAUUCCUCAACCAGAUCUCAUGUCCGAAGAUGAGAGCCUGGUGGACAAGGUACGUGCAUCGACCUCCGAUGACAAGGCUUAUAGUCAAUAUGGUAGCAUGGACGGAUUCAUCCGACCCCCGCCGCCCCGAGGUUCUCCACGUAUCACCGUUCCAAGUGAUGCCCAGGAGCUUCCCCCUCCUCUCGCUCAAACCCCCUCAGCUGUGAUCCGCCCAACCCCGCAACCUGUCCACCAACCGCCGCAACCAUCCACAGCUGUCCACCAACCCCCGCAAACGCCCGCAUCACGUGCCGACCAUCGUCCAGCUCCUGCAGUCCCCGCCCCUCCUUGUUGUGCUCCCCCAGUGGGUAACCACCCACUUGUUGAUUCCAUGCUCGCAUCUGCGCAGCUGUCGGAUACAGACCUUCAGCUAGCGCAGCAACUAUUCAACGCCCCCAAGGAAACCCGCUGGCAAUUACAAGUUGUCAUGUGGUUGACCCAACGCCGCCUCACUGCUGCAUUAACCGCCGCAGCUGACCCUGCCCAUGAGACCGCUCAUGUGUAUUCCCAGGUUUUCCGUACCCGAGUGCGUCAAAGGAUCCGAGAGAUCCUCAUGCAAAGCACACUUGAAUCGUACAGCCGGGAACAUCUAUGUGCACUCGCCACUGCCCUUAAUCAAAAGCAGUCUCCAGCUUUCCGGAGACAACACCUUCCCGCGGGGAUUCUCCACAAUCACAAAGCCAUGGCGGGCCUCGUAAUUUUCUUGCGCGGAAUGGUCAAGCAUGAGCAAACUCACAUGCGCAACUUGCUCUUGUCAAACGUUUGA